GCGCGCGGGAAACAGCAGAUUCCGAGUCGCUUGUUGACGGUGGUAGAGAGAAUCACCUCAGACGGACGAGAAUUUGCGGUCCUAAUGGCAGUUGCAAAGCAUAAACUGAAAACGGGGCGUGGGAAAUAAAACAGAGGGAGAGAGAGGUCUGUGUGUUCAGAUCUGCGGAUCUGCACUCCCAGGUAGAGCUUUCGUUGUUCAUGGACAAUGGAUUUUGUCGACAACCUGCCGCCCAUGGAUUUUCUGCGCUCCGAGAAGAUGAUAUUCGUUCAACUCAUAAUACCCGUGGAAUCAGCUCACCGAGCUGUCUCUUACAUCGGCGAACUCGGUCUUCUUCAAUUCAAAGAUUUAAAUGCUGACAAAAGCCCUUUCCAACGAACAUUUGUUAAUCAGGUGAAGCGAUGUGGGGAGAUGUCAAGGAAGUUACGUUUCUUCAAAGAUCAAAUUACUAAAGCUGGUAUAGUACUUCCUGUCCGUCCUGCACCACAGCCAGAUAUUGACUUAGAAGAAUUAGAGAUACAACUUGCCGAGCAUGAACAUGAGCUUAUUGAAAUGAACGCAAAUAGUGAGAAAUUACGACAAAGUUACAGUGAGCUCCUGGAGUUCAAGAUGGUAUUGCAAAAGGCAGGUGGCUUCCUUGUUUCAGCUCAGAGUCACACAGUUGCACAAGAGAGAGAAUUAGAUGAAAAUAUUUACUCAAAGGAUGACUAUGCCGACAGAGCAUCAUUACUUGAACAGGAAAUGCGGCCUGGUCCAUCGAAUCAAGCUGGCUUGAGAUUUAUUAGUGGCAUUAUUUGCACAUCCAAAAUUCUAAGAUUUGAAAGGAUGCUUUUCCGUGCCACAAGGGGCAAUAUGCUUUUUAAUCAAGCACCAUCUGAGAAAUAUGCUAUAGAUCCCAUGUCAACUGAAAUGGUUGAGAGAACAGUGUUUGUAGUUUUCUUCUCUGGGCAGCAGGCAAAAACAAAAAUAAUGAGAAUUUGUGAAGCAUUUGGUGCAAAUUGCUAUCCUGUUCCUGAAGAUAUUACCAAACAAAGGCAAAUAACUCAAGAGGUUUUAUCACGAUUAUCUGAACUGGAAACAACACUGGAUGCAGGGCUCCGCCACAGAAAUAAAGCCCUUACUUCAAUUGGUUUUCACUUAAGGAAGUGGACUAUUAUGGUAAGAAAGGAGAAAGCUGUAUAUGAUACAUUGAAUAUGCUGAACUUUGAUGUUACAAAAAAGUGUCUAGUUGGGGAAGGGUGGUGCCCUAUAUUUUCAAAGCCUCAGAUUCACAAUGUAUUGCAACGUGCAACACUUGAUAGCAACUCACAAGUGGGGAUAAUAUUUCAUGUGAUGGAUGCUGUGGAAUCACCACCUACAUAUUUUAGAACCAACUGCUUUACGAAUGCCUUUCAGGAAAUUGUUGAUGCAUAUGGUGUUGCUAGGUACCAAGAAGCAAACCCCGCUGUUUAUACUGUUAUUACAUUUCCAUUUCUUUUUGCUGUAAUGUUCGGGGACUGGGGACAUGGAAUAUGCUUAUUGUUGGGAGCAAUAAUUCUAAUUGCUCGUGAGAAUAAACUUGGUUCUCAGAAACUAGGCAGCUUUAUGGAGAUGGCUUUUGGUGGGCGCUAUGUAAUCCUUUUGAUGUCACUAUUUUCUAUCUAUUGUGGCUUGAUUUACAAUGAAUUCUUCUCUGUUCCCUAUCAUAUAUUUGGUGGGACUGCUUACAAAUGUCGGGAUACUACAUGCAGGGAUGCACAUACAGCUGGUCUAGUCAAGUACCGUGAUCCAUAUCCAUUUGGUGUGGAUCCUAGCUGGCGUGGAAGUCGUUCAGAGUUGCCUUUCCUCAAUUCUCUCAAAAUGAAAAUGUCUAUUUUGUUAGGUGUAUCUCAAAUGAACCUAGGGAUAAUUUUGAGUUACUUCAAUGCAAGGUUCUUUGGCAGUUCAUUGGAUAUAAGGUAUCAAUUUGUGCCACAGAUGAUAUUUCUUAACAGUCUCUUUGGGUAUCUUUCCCUCCUCAUUGUCAUCAAGUGGUACACAGGGUCUCAAGCAGAUCUUUACCAUGUUAUGAUUUACAUGUUCUUGAGCCCCACGGACAAUCUUGGUGAGAAUCAGUUGUUUUGGGGCCAAAGACCACUGCAGAUCUUGUUGUUGCUUUUGGCUAUUGUUGCUGUUCCUUGGAUGCUCCUUCCAAAACCAUUUAUUUUGAGGAAACAGCAUUUAGAGAGAUUUCAAGGUCGUACAUAUCGAAUGCUUGGCACCUCUGAGAUGGAUCCAGAUGGUGAACCUGAUUCUGCACGGCAACAUCUUGAGGAGUUUAAUUUCAGUGAAGUAUUUGUGCAUCAAAUGAUACAUUCAAUUGAAUUUGUCCUUGGAGCAGUGUCAAAUACUGCCUCUUAUCUUCGUCUCUGGGCUCUGAGUUUGGCCCAUUCAGAGCUGUCAACUGUAUUCUAUGAGAAGGUCCUUCUUCUAGCCUGGGGGUAUGACAACAUUCUCAUUCGACUGAUAGGGCUUGUGGUUUUUGCCUUUGCCACAGCCUUCAUCUUACUCAUGAUGGAGACACUCAGUGCGUUUCUCCAUGCCUUGCGUCUCCAUUGGGUGGAAUUCCAAAGCAAGUUUUACCAUGGAGAUGGAUACAAGUUCAAACCCUUCUCUUUUGCCUCGCUGCCCGAUGAUGAUGAUUAGUCCACUAAUUUCCUUCGAUACCACUCCUUUAUUUGAAACAGAAAAAAGUGAAAAUACAAAGAAAACAAGAUAGAAAUAGGAUUAUAGAAGCCCGGAUUAGAUUUUGAUGGAGAGAGAGAGAAAGAGAGUUGUUUGGCUGUGAAUGAUGUCAGUCACCUCUUACUUGUAUCAUUUGCUGCUCUACUUAGAAAUGUAUGUAUACAUCCCUGCUUAAUUUUUUUUUUACGAGGUGUUGAUGUAGAAACCAGGAAGAUCUCUUUACGACCCUGGGAAGUCGGUCGGUCGAUCAACAGUUGAGCCUUGUAAUUUCUUUUUAUUGUUUUUCAUGAAGCCAUUAAAUUUCAAUUCUUGUAAAGGUGCAAGGGUUACGUACCAUUUCUUUUCAAUUCUUGUAAAGCCAUUAACUUUUGUUCAUUAGUUCUUCAGAGAAGCAGAUCGUUAAAUCUUAAUAAAUAAAGAAGAUGCAGUGGAUUUUACAGGUAA